CCAAAGCCAAAAGUCUUCACCUAGGGGAGUAUAGGAUAGCGGGAAGAAGUCUCUCUUCCAUGUGUGCACACAAGAACCCCACCGUCCCCUCCUCUUAUUCUCUUUAUUCCUGGGCGGUUCCUCUGUUCCAUUUCUCUCGCUAAAGACCUAUUAAAGCCAUAGAGAUCUCGGAGCCUGGUCAAGCUCAAGAUGAUGUUUGGGUCUCGAUCCAUAACUACCGGGCGGCUCCGUCGAACGUUAUCUGUACCUUCGCCCAGCGACUGCCGCUCUACCGCCAACAGCAACUACCCAACCGUCUUUCCCUCUUCUUCUUCCUCAUUGGAUUCGUAGGAAAGAACGUGUCCUUUUUAUAUUCUUUGUUCACCGGAGUUUGCUGCAGAUGGAGUAGGAGGGAGGGGAGGAAUGGGGGCGGUCGGCGGGGAUGAGUUCGCGCGGCCGGAGGGGUUGGAAGCUGUGGCAGAGGAAGGUGGUGGCGGAGGAGGCGGUGGGAGGGCGGAGAGGAUAGUGGUGUCGGUGAGGCUGAGGCCGCUGAGUGAGAAGGAGAUCGCAAGGAAUGAUCCCUGCGACUGGGAGUGCAUCAAUGAUACCACCAUUAUUUUCAGGAACUGCAUACCAGAACGGGCCAUGUUCCCAACCGCCUACACAUUUGACAGAGUAUUUUGGUGUGACCGCACCACAAGACAAGUGUACCAGGAAGCAGCUAAGGAAGUUGCUCUUUCAGUUGUUAGUGGUAUAAAUGCUAGUAUUUUUGCGUAUGGACAAACAAGCAGUGGGAAGACAUAUACAAUGUCUGGAAUAACAGAGUACACUGUUGCUGAUGUAUAUGACUACAUACAUAGGCAUGAGGAGAGAGCAUUUGUUCUGAAGUUCUCGGCAAUGGAGAUAUACAAUGAAGCUGUAAAGGAUCUCCUCAGCACAGACAGCACUCCCCUUAGACUUUUAGAUGAUCCGGAGAAAGGAACCAUAGUAGAGAAACUUACGGAGGAAAUACUGAGGGACUGGAACCAUCUUAAGGAGCUUAUUUCUGUGUGUGAAGCUCAACGAAAGAUAGGCGAGACCUCCCUAAAUGAAACAAGCUCCAGAUCACAUCAAAUACUCAAACUGACUAUUGAAAGUUCUGCUCGUGAGUUUUUGGGCAGAGAGAACUCAAGCACACUCGUGGCCAAUGUGAAUUUUGUCGAUCUAGCAGGGAGUGAACGUGCAUCUCAGGCAUUAUCUAUUGGUGCAAGAUUGAAAGAAGGAUGCCACAUAAAUCGAAGUUUACUUACCCUGGGAACUGUUAUUCGUAAGCUAAGCAAGGGAAGAAAUAGCCACAUUCCAUAUCGCGAUUCCAAGCUGACACGCAUAUUACAACCUUCCUUGGGAGGUAAUUCAAGAACUGCAAUUAUUUGCACAAUGAGCCCUGCACGAAGCCAUAUUGAGCAAUCCAAGAAUACCCUUUUAUUUGCAAGUUGUGCCAGAGAAGUGGUCACCAGUGCACAGGUCAAUGUAGUUAUGUCUGAUAAGGCAUUGGUCAAGCAUUUGCAAAAGGAACUUGCUAGAUUGGAGAGCGAAUUGAGAUAUCCAAGAACUUCUUCCGGUAUUGAGGCAGUAAUAAAAGAGAGAGAUGCUCAAAUUAAAAAGAUGGAGAAACAAAUAAAGGAACUGAUCCAGCAAAGAGAUCUAGCUCAAACUCGGCUAGAGGAUUUGCUCCAAGCUGUUGGGGAUGGUUGUGCUUCAACUCGAUGGGAGGAAUCUAGCCGAACUUUGACAUUCCAGGUACCGUACACAUGUGAAGAUGUACUUUCGGCAUCAGAGUCAUCAGAUGUUGCUGAUCAUGAUCUAGAUUUUGGGUCAGCAGAAUUGGGUACAUCAGACAAUAAACACUACCUACAUGUUGCUGAAAAACAGGCUGUGGUAUCACCUAGGCACCCAGUCAGCAGUCUUGUUGUUGGACUACUACCACAUCACAAUGAAGGUGAGAUUGGUCAGAACCCCCGUGAAGAUUUUGAGGACAUAUGCAAGGAGGUCCGCUGUAUUGAGAUGAAUGAGACAAGCAAAAGCGAAGAUUCAGAAUCUUUCUUGAUUAGGGGAAACAAAAAUCUGCUACAUCUCAGUAUAGAUUCUUACAAGCAUGGAGAUCGAGAACGAAGAUUGAUUGGGCAGAGGGGCUUGAGACCUCUUAGUGCAAAUCCUCUCAUCUUAGAGCAACAUCUGCAGAAUGUGAGGGACACAUUUAAUAGUCUUGUCAAAACAUAUCCUGAUGGAUCAUCUCUAUGGUCAUCAGCUGGAGAGAGAUCAAAAUUUAGAGGCCUGUACAAGAGUAGAAGCUGUGGGUCAACUUUGAUGAGCUCUUCUUCCUGGUUCCAAGAGGCAGAGCAGAAUGAUUGCAUGCCGCCUGACAAGUCUUUAAAGGAUUUUUCUGGAAAGCCUGAAGGAUUGCAGAGAAGACAGAUUACAUUAAAGUAUGAUGCCGAAAUGGAAAGACUUUCGAGAGAAGGAUCUCAGAUUUCUGGACCUAGUGCUCUUGAAGAACAGAGUGUCGAGACUAAUGCUGAAGGGAACAUUGGUUGCAUUGAUGAUUUUGUUGCCGAACUUAAAGAGAUGGCUAAAGUUCAGCAUCAGAAACAAUGCACUGGGGGUCAGGAGGUGGAACCGAAUGCCAAUGAAGAUAUUGGAGCAGAGGGAACCGUAAGGAGCAUAGGACUGUAUACAAUCUUAGACCCCUUUCAGUCUCCUUCAAGAUGGCUGCUGGAGUUCGAGAGAAAGCAGCAAGAGAUAAUUGAGCUUUGGCAUGCAUGCAAUGUUUCCUUGGUUCAUAGAACUUACUUUUUCCUCCUCUUCAAAGGCGAUCCAACAGAUUCUAUCUACAUGGAAGUGGAGCUCAGGAGGUUAUCCUUUCUAAAGAACACUUACUCUCAGGGAAAUCUUGAUAAAACAGCAGAUGGAAGUCAAAUUACUGCCAUCUUGUCGAGUACAAAGAAGCUGCGGCGUGAAAGGCAGAUGCUGUGUAGGCGGAUGCAAAAGAGGCUGUCAGUAGAAGAAAGAGAGUGCCUCUACACCAAAUGGGGAAUUGCUUUGGACUCUAAACAAAGGAGACUACAGCUUGCCCGAUGCCUAUGGACUGAAACCGGAGAUCUGGAACACAUUAGAGAGAGUGCUUCUCUUGUUGCAAGUCUAGUAGGACUACUAGAGCCAGGGCAGGCACUCAAGGAGAUGUUUGGGCUUAGCUUCAUCCCUCAGCAAUUUAAUCGGAGGUCAUACACCUGGAAACGUGGAAUGUCUUCUCUCAAAGUGAGCAACAUGUGAAAAUUGCCAUAGCUUGCCGACCCAGUUCCAUCUGUCAUGGCUUGAGGUUAAUUUAUAACAAGGUUUCCUAUUGUGAUUCUUUCGUUCCAAUUGAGAUGUAAAGAGGGCUGUAAAUCAAGUCGGACAUGAUGUUGUGUAUUGCUGUGCCCUCCAAUUGUUGCUCGUUCCUUCAUCAACAGCAGCAAGUCUGCAGUGAUGCUGCAGAUAUAGGUCACAACUCUUGCAGCUAUCAGUUUAGUUUUUGUGAUUGCAAUCUGGCAUCCUUUCUUUUUUCUGAGCAUGCAACCGGUUUCUGUAAAAAUUGGACGUAGGAGACCUUAAUCUGUGUGGUCUUGAACAAUUGGUUGCCAGGGAAGUGGAAAAUCAUACCAUCUAAAGAAGUUCCACUUCGACACACUCGGCAACUUCAGUUUUUAUGCUUAAAUUAUUUUCUUUCAAAA